AGAACGGAGUUUAGAAAACCUGUUGGAGAUGAAGCCAAAUUUUUUCUCAACUUCUUCUCUCUCCUGUCCUAAAACAAAAUCAAUUUUAAGAAACGUGUUGGAGAUGCUCUGAAGCCUUGAUGAGGCAGACAUUUUUUUUUACUGGAAGACGUUUUUUUAACAGGGUCCUUGUUUAGGGAGCCCGCUGUUGAACCUUCCCACAUCCCCCGCAUCUUCCACCGUUCCGCCGCCGCAGUGCCCGUUCCGGGGAACUUCCGGCCCGGAGCUGUCCGCCGUCGCGAGCCGCAUCUAUCGGCCACAUACACAUAGCUACGCACACGCCAUGGAGGAUACCGAGGCUAAGAACACGACCUUCCCCUCCUCCCUCUUCUCUUUCUCCAACCCCAACGUUUCCUUCGGUUUCGGGUUCGGUGCUGCCUCCGGCCCUCCCCCUCCUCCGCCGCCGCCAGCCCUCGAGGUCCUCCUGUCCGAGGAAUCACCCGUCACGGGUGGCAACUUGGAGCCUGUGGUGGUGGACGACUCCCUAUCGAUUUACAAGGGGAGAGUGAAUACCUGCGAUGUUUUUGGUGUCAAAAACUCCGAUUUAGUCCCAGGAAAAUAUGAAGGUGGGUUGAAGCUGUGGGAAGGUUCAUUGGACUUGGUGAAGACGCUAAAUGCAGACAUCAAAGAUGAUCGAUUGCUUGUAGAAGGCAAACGAGUAUUAGAGUUAGGAUGUGGACAUGGCCUCCCUGGCAUCUUUGCAGGUCUGAAGGGUGCUGGUCUAGUUCACUUCCAAGAUUUCAAUGCUGAGGUCCUUAGGUGCCUCACCAUACCAAAUGUCAAAGUUAAUUUGUUCAAGGAACCGUCCCAAGGAACAUUUACAUCUAGCAGUGUUGGUUUCUAUGCUGGUGACUGGAGUGAAAUAGAUAAUUUGCUUCUUAGCGGAGCUACUGUCCAGGAUAAAUCAACCAACCAUCACACCGAAAAUGAUGGGCAUAGUGGCUACGAUAUCAUCCUGAUGGCUGAGACUGUUUAUGCACUGGAUUCACUCCCUAGUCUGUACAGGCUCAUCAAGAAGUGCUUACACUACCCCGGCGGUGUAGUUUACAUGGCAGGAAAAAAACAUUACUUUGGUGUAGGUGGAGGCACAAGACAGUUUUUACGGUUAGCUGCAGAAGAUGACAGAACUGAUCGAGCAGGAAUAGCAACUGACAACUCAGCCAAAAGGGGAGGAGCAAGAAACAAAAUUGUACUCCUAUGCUUUACCUCUUCUUUCCAGAUGCCAUGAUACACACGAUGGCUAUCCUCCUGGCAACCAGGAAUGUUUUCCAGAAAAUACUCCAAGUGUACUCCAACAAAAUAAGUUGGGAGAGGUGCGAGUGAGGAAGGGACAUGGAUGUGAAAGGGUUGCUAGGCCCAUGUGGCAAGGAAUCAAACAUUAGGGCAACCUUUGUCCUCUUCUUCAUGUUCCAAUGUUUCUAAUUAUCAGCAUUGUACCACAUUGGGGUCA